UAAAACUGAUCAGUGAUAGACCAUACUGAUGAAACGUACGAGGCAAUAUUCACAAGGCUGUACUUCGUUUUACUUUUAUUGUUCCUGCACAAUUGAACUCCGCCUGAAACUGUGAUCCAUUAAACGUCUUGCCCUUAAUCACCGGACGAAUCAGACGAGAGCUGCGAGUUGGGCGCAACUUUGAAUUCUGUGCUGGUUUGCGUCAAUUGACGUUCUCUGAAUAUCCUAGUUUAACUGGAACCAGGGUUUACUGUUAAGUGAAGUUAAAACGACGAGUUUCAACGGAACAGAUGAGGCUUUUAGAGACUUUUAUCAAAAGCGCAUGGAUGAGGAGGAUAACCGUUCCAGGAAGACAGGACAACAACUGAGCGAAGAAAACCCGUCCACUCUUUAGUCUAGGCUGGAACUGGACCGAGACCUGAGGUUUAUGUCGAUACGGUCUUCCAUUCUUCUUUAAUCUCAGUGCUUUAAGCUGAUUUAUGUUCGAUCCGCUGCCCACGCGCGCAGUUCAAAGUGCGUCUCGAUGCGCGUAAUUGUUUUACUCAAUCUGAGUAUUGAAGGGAUCGUCCAGUGCGUGUUUCAACUGGCUGACAAAUUCAAAUUAACAAUUGGACAUCUGAAUAUCUUCAGUUUUCCUGUCACAUCUCAAUAAAUGGGGAGCCUGGAUAAUUGUUCUCUAAGGGAUUGUGCAUUCUGUUAAACUCAUACCGCACCACUUGUUUUGAAAUCGGUACAUCUUAAACAAGAACAUGAUGAUUUUGAAAUUGGUUCUUGCACUGAUGUCCAUCGUUUUGACACGAGGUGUUCAUGGUCAGAUGGUGCAGAUGGACAGCAGUAAGUCAGGAUUUGUGGGCUCACAGGUAGAGCUACGCUGUCAGUUUGUCAACAGCAACCCACCUGUAAAAAUCUCACAGGUCACCUGGCAGAAGCUGGUCAAUGGCACCAAGCAGAACAUCGCCAUUGCCAAUCCAGCCCUGGGGGUGUCGGUACUGAGCCCCUUCAAAGAGCGUGUGCGUUUCAAGAACCCCGCCGUCCGCCAGCGCACGCCUUCCCUGGAGGACACCACCAUAGUCUUUAACAAACUAAAACUGUCGGAUGAAUCCACCUACAUCUGCGAGUACACAACCUUCCCAGCUGGCAACAGGGAGAACAUGGUUAAUCUCACUGUUUAUGCUCGUCCUAUGAUCCAGAUGAGUCCAUCCACACCCUCCAUAGUAGCAGGAACUAAAGAUCUGAAGAUGACUGUUGCCACGUGCAUUUCUGCCAAUGGGAAGCCACCCAGUGUGAUCACAUGGGAAACUGAUUUAGAUGGAGAAUCCAACACCCAGGAGAUACGUAACCCUGAUGGGACUGUAACUGUGCGCAGUGAUUACUUGGUGGUUCCCAGUCGACAAAUACACCAACAGUUGCUCACCUGCAUCUCCACAUAUAAUGACGAACAAUACACAGAUAGUGUGAUGCUCAACAUUCAAUAUGAACCAGAGGUGAUCGUAGAAGGCUUCGAUGGGAACUGGUAUUUGAACAGAGAAAACGUUCAGCUCACCUGCUUGGCUGAUGCCAACCCAUCCAUCUCAUUGUUUCAGUGGAGAUAUUUGUAUUGUUGUAUGCAUUUUGGAUUAUUGCUUCGUGAUGAUGUGCUGAUAUUUAAAGGUCCUGUAACCUAUGACAUCGCAGGCACAUACAUCUGUGAUGCCAGCAACAGCAUUGGGACAGGCUCUGCAUCCGUUGAGGUCAUUGUCACAGAAUUCCAUAGCUAUCCACACGAGAUGUCUCAGGAGCCACAGCAAGCUUUUGCCAUCAUUGGUGGAGCUGUUGCUUGUGGCACAGUGCUAUUGGCCGCCAUUACGCUCCUGGUAGUGUUUUUAUAUCGCCGGAGAUGCAUGUUUAAAGGAGAUUACAGUACCAAGAAGCAAAUCCUUGGAAAUGUUUACAGCAAGGCUGGCAGCGUGCCAUCACACCCCUCGCUACCUAACAGUCUGACCUUCUCCGAAGACUCAGAUGAAGAGAAGAAGCUGGAAAUUUUCAGAGGCUGCAGUAUCUUAGGAAGAAGUAUUCAGGAGAUCCAUAAUUGUCAAGACAGCAGGAUAAAGGCCUUCCACAUGGGACUGAUCGAGGACCAUGAGAGAUGUGGACAUAGUGAGCAGACUUACAUUUAUGAUUACGGAUCUGAGGUGGAGGUCUCAGUGGACAUGAUUCCUCAGAUGGACGGCUCUGUCAUCUCUAAAGAAGAGUGGUAUGUGUAGGACUCAAGACUUUGAGCUUCUCAGCAUCUUCUUGUUCAUUGUCAUCUCCUUCCUUUUGAAGCAGGCUUUGGGAUCCAAACUGACAAUGGAUUCGAUUCACCAGAGGACAUUGUUGACAUGAAAAUCCAAACGGAUGCUAGAUAUUUGCAGGUGGACCAAUGAUUGGUCAUGUUGUUGACUUUGCCUGAAAAAAAUUACUCUGUUUCAAAACCUAGCGAUCUGUUUACAGCAGCCAACGUAAUUAUGCAUAGGUAUUUGCAUAAUUAUGCUGCCUCUUGAAAUCCCUCAUUUUAGCCAAAUUCUAAAUCAGCAUUACAAUCUCUCACAUAGAAUGAGAUAAAUAUUAGUGUUGUUAUGCAAUUCUAAGUUAGAUUAUUGAUAUU